AUGACGUCCAAUGGCCCGUCUGGGGGACAGAGUCUCCAAUAUUUGUCGAAGCAGGCGGUGGAGAUCUGGGAUAGCCUGUGGAAGAACAAUCUGUGGAAAAGGAUUCUGAAGAAUGUCUUCUGCACUACUACACUUGUGGCCAUCGCCCUUAUCCACGUUGAUGCCUAUGGUCGACACACUCCCAUUCGUGGCGACAGCCAUCUCCUCGGACGAGCUGGCUACCUUGGUGCUAUCACCACUGUGUUCGGACAUCCUGGCAGACGGUUUGGGCAAAUGACUGAAGCCUUGAUCCUUGCUGUUUCUGGUGCCGCAGUGGGUGUCGCAUGGUCUACGUUCGGUCUCUAUCUUGGCUCUCUUGUGAUUCACGAGAAUCCUGAGGCAGGCUUUGCGAUUCGAGCUAUCUUCUACGCAAUUACUGCAUUGGCUCAUGGUUUUCUGCGUUCAAAAUAUCCGCGUUUGUUCUUGUUUGCAUUGCUUCUCAUAAUAGCCUCUACCUCUACGCUUCUUUCGACGAGUAAAGGGGUGACAGCCAUUGGGGUGACUCAAAUUCUCUACCCUAUCUUGAUUGCCGUAGGUAUUAUUUUGGUGAUCAAUAUUUGUAUUUUCCCGGAGUUCAGUGCAAGUUUCCUUGGUAAGACUACCAUCGAGACGUUGAGCGAGACUUCAAAAGCAUUGCAACAUGCCGGACACUAUUUCAUCGCGCAGAAUCAACAGGAUCUUGUAGUGAACUUCGCUGAAGAACAAACCUUGGAUGAUGGAUCCGCGUCAGACUCUGCGCAAAUCAACAAGCCCAAGCACUCUCGCGUUCUGUCCGUAGUGUCAAGAUUGUUUUCCAAGACUCGACAUAGAGUACAAGGCAAAGCCUCGCUGCAUUACAAGGAAAGCAAAUCUGCCACAGCAAAUCACGUCAAGUCAAACAAUGAAAUACUAAAUGUGCAGAGUCUGACUGCUGCGAAAGGGAAAAUCCGCAACAAGCAGAAAGGCUGCAAGGCAGCGCAACAAGAAUGCAAUUUCGAGCUUGCAUGGGGCGUUUUGCCUCCUGGACAAAUGAAGCCGAUCAGUAGCCAAAUCAUGAAGCAUCUCGUUGGGAGUACGAUUGCAGUCAUUAACGCUUGCGAAUCCAAGUUUGCACUUGUGGGAGAAAAGCUCGAUUCUACUGAGUCUACAGGUGAUGAGGAACUGGAGAAACAGCCCUCUAGCAAACUAGUCAAUACAUCUUUGGAAGAACAAGAAACAAAUAAUACCAACGAAGAAAACGGGCAGGCUUUGGAAGUCACUGCCGAAAACCAAUUUGUCAAGGAUCUCGGCACUCUGAAACCAAAGCGAGAAAUUGAGUCCGCUGACCCCAGCCUCCUUCGCUUUCUUAUCACUGCAAUAUCAAAGCCGUACCUUGAUCUGAGCAAAGUCUUGGAUGAGAAGAUAACAAUCGUCAGCACAUGCACUGCCUAUUGCUACAAUGUACCAGAGCUGCCGACGGGGUUGGCAUGUCCAAAAAGCAUCACCGUCGGCGAAAUUGAUAAGCACAUCGAAAAUCUCCAAAUAGCGAUGUUACAAUUUGACAAUAGUUGUGCAUCGGCGCUUGAAGGAGCCAAUGCUCUAGGGGGACUUCGUGACAGAGAACCUGACAUAAUGCCGCGGGAGGAGAUCUUUCUGAUCUCUUCCUUCAUGCUCAACUUUCGUCAAGCUGGUUCACACAUAGAAGAUAUGCUGAAGCACGGUCGAGAUCUGGUCAGCCAAUUCAAUAAUCGCCAUGGUAGGCCUAGAUUCUAUCUACCACGGAUUAAGUGGUCCAAAUGGCUGUUUUCUGGCGAGGAAGAUGAAGCGCUUCCAAAUUCAGGCCGACAAUCAACCCGUAGAGGUGAAAAGGAGGUCCGGAAGACCAAGUCGCGUACUGAAGAUACAACAACGGACAUUGAACCUCUGAUCGGAAGAGAUCGCGAUCUAGAGCGUAAUGCAGGACUCAAGACCAAAAGAAAGCAGGCCACUUCAAGCGCCAUCAAGGAGAAAGGAUCAUCCACAGCGUUUCGUAGCACAAUGAUGUCAACAUUAUCCCGGAUACGAGGUAGACUAGCUGAUGCCCUCGAAUGGGCACAAGACUCAGAAGACCUGCUCUAUGCCUUCAAGCUGGCAUUUGGUAUUAUGCUCGUCACCUGGCCCGGCUUUGUUGCCUCCUGGAAUCAGUGGUAUUCACUUAACCGGGGGCUUUGGGCAGCUUUGCAGCUAGUUUUCGUCCUUGAAGUAUCUAUAGGAACAUCCAUAACGACCGCCAUAUUGAGGUCAAUUGGGACCACCCUAGGAUGUCUUUGGGGUUGGGCCUUAGUUGAGGCUCGCGGUGGCAACAAGAUAGUCUGCACAAUAAUGAUCUGCAUUGGCAUCAUCCCAUAUGUAUACGUUCAAGUUGGCACGAAGUAUCCCAAGGGCGGCAUGGUGGGUAUCAUCAGUGUUUGUAUUGUAGCGCUGUCAGAUGAAUUGCAUACGGUUCCUGGUACAAACAAGGAGAAUUUUCUCAGACGAUGGCUUGCCUUUCUCAUUGGCGCUGCCGUCGCUGUCCUCGUCGAGAUCUUCAUUGUACCAGUCAAAGCCCGUGAUCGCCUCGUCGAAGCCAUUGCAGCAUCUUUGACCCAUAUCUCCGAGAUGGAGCAGUGCAUUGCAAUUGGCAUCGAUGAGGGCAAAAAGAUCGACAUCGUUGCUGCCGGCACUUUGAAGAGAUUCGAGAAGGCCACGGGAAAAGCUAAUAGCUCGCUCGGAGCUGCAGAGACAAUCUGUCUUGCGCUCAUCUACAAUGAGAUGAUCUUCGUCCUCCACGAAAUCGUCGAUCGCAUGGAAAACAUGAUCUACCUCCGCUUCAAAUACGGCUCUGGUCCACUUGAAGAAUAUAACACCCAACUCUAUCAAUACCGUCGCAACGUAGCAGGCGCCAUAACCCUCACCCUCUCCUCCAUCCAAUUCGCCCUCCUGACCAAGCUUCCACUCCCUCAAUUCCUGCCCUCAGCCCGCCUCGCACACCUCCGAAUGAUAAAUCGAGUGCGCGAAGUCGUCCUAGAAUCAAUACGAUCACGCCCGGACCCCGACUCCGUUACCACUCAUCCAACAUCCCCCCAGCCCUUGUCUACCUUAGAACACCCUCCCAAUCCUCCCCAACUCCCCACAUACCCAGACCCUAACUCAACCCCCUCACCCGCCCCAGGCGAAAGCAAAAAAGACAAAGAGGAGGCAAAGACAGCAAACCUCCUCCGCCAAUCCGCCGUACGCCGCAAAUAUCUCUCCUGGAACGCCUCCUCUGCGGCGCAGGCCGAGAUCAUCGAGUUUCUCGAAGAGCUGGUCGAGCUCGCGAAAUUGGUCGUUGGGGCCAUGGAGUUCCGCGGUGGACUUCUCAGCCGUGAUUUACUCUCUGUGAAACACCAUGCUGGUCCUCGCGGAGGCCGUGGUGAUGGUGAUCCUCUUGCUCGUGUAAGCUCGAAGAAGGGUGAGGCGGGGGAGGUGUUUAGUCCCGGUAGUUUGGGGAUAGGCGGUGACGGCGCCGACACUGAAGAUAAGGGGAAGGAAAAGGCAGGUGGGGAAGGGACUGGGCAGCUCGGCAACACGGCAACGAAGUCUUCGGAUCCUGUCAGGCAGCGCCGACAGGGGAGAGUGACGAGUGGGGCGAGUAGAGGGAGUGUUGGUGAGGGGGAAGUGCCGAAUGCGUUGAGGAGGAUCCAGACGAGGAAGAUGGAGGCUGGGCUGCAUAGGUCACGGUAG